GCUUGGAAAACCGAAACGGCAAGAUCCCCUGCCUGCAUGACGCGUCCCUGUCUCUCUCUAUUAAUGGUGUAAGAUUCAAUUUCUUUCUCAUUCUCACACUCUCCUUCUAACACACUGAAAAUGGAAGGCUGAUGAUACCCUAACCCAGUGACCAUAGACGGCUAGACGUGUCUUCAAAGGCUACAACACUCGUUCUUCGGAGAAGUUGAGAAAAAAAUGGACCGGUUCUCUGCUCUGCCGAAAAUUAUACUUCAUGACAUUCUUGUAAGGCUGCCUGUCAAAGAUGCUGCCAAGACUAGUGUUUUGUCAAAGGCGUGGAAUGACACAUGGUUUUCAUUUCCCAAUCUAUCUGUUUGCAGCGAGGAUUUUUUCUCUGAAGAUGAUGUACCCGCAGGAAAUAGACAAAGGUUUAGGAAAUUGGACAUUCUCAUUAACUAUGUUACAAAAAGAUUGCUGAGGCUACGUGACCAAGGCUUAGCAAUAAAAAAAUUUAAGCUUGAUUUGCAAAAUUUAGACGACCUUACGCAUGUGUCCCACCAUGUUGAUCAGUGGAUACAGAUGGCCUGUGAAAGUGGCGUCCAAGUACUAGAACUUUACCUUAAUGAUGACUGUGUCAGAUGGUAUGAACUUCCACUUUGUGUCAUUGAAGCCAAGUCACUUAUUGAGCUGGAGUUGCUCGGGGGAAUCAAAAUUGACCAAGAACUUCUAAAGCAUUCCAUGAAGUUUUCUUCCGUGAAAAUGCUAUUUUUAAGUCGUGUACUUUUCACACAUGAAUCGGCUAUUGAGUAUCUCAUUUCUCAUUGUCCUCUUACUGAACGUUUCAUCAUGGGUGUUUGUUACAUAUAUAACCAUCUAAGUACAGAACAUCUUCCAGCGGACAGGAUUGAAAAGGUGGAAUCAUUAUCCCUGCAGAGUUUACAAAAGCUCAAGAAAGUUGAUGUUGAAGGAAUACCAGAAGUACAUAUUGAUUCUCCAAAUCUUGAGGAGCUAUGCUAUCAAGCUUGGGAUCUCAAUGCACCGUUCAAGCUGAAUUUUGAUAGUUGCACAAAUUUAAGGUGUUUGCAAUUAAUUGAUUUGAAGAGCACUGGCUGCACUGCUAUUGCAGACAAGUGGUUUCUUGAACUGUUUUCUAAGUUUCCUUUUAUUGAGAACUUGAAACUAUUUAAUUGCUCUAUGUCCGAGAGGAUUAAUAUUUCGAGUCCUCAACUCAAGAUCUUGCAGUUAAGGUUUUGCUCUAAGUUGAAGAAGGUCAAUGUUGAUGCUCCAAAUUUGUUAUUAUUUGACUAUAGUGGUGAUGACAAACCUGUUAUAUCUUUUAUGAGAAGUUCUAAUCAACUUGAAGUCAAUAUUUCUACCAAUGUGGAUUUUCGGCACUUUUAUAGCUUGAGGGAAUUUACCCGGAAUAUGCCACAAGUGAUUUUGGCAUCGCUUUCCCUCUCUAUUGGACAUUCAUUUCCUGAUGAUGAUCCAUACAUGCCUGCAUUGCUAGUUUCCUCCACUACUCCUCCAAGUAUCAAACAUUUGGUGUUGAGAGAAUAUUCACCUCCAGACAGUGAAGCUCUCUAUAGCCAGCUACUUAUGAAUUACUUGCUUUCAAAUUGCUUCCCAAAAACAAUUUCAUUCAUAUAUCAUCGUCGUUUCUCAUUCAUUGAGUUCUUCUAUGAGAAGCUGAUGGGCAGUGAAAAGGGAGAGUGCUAUUGCAGUUCAGGUGAUAGAAAGUGUUGGUGGCAUGCCUUGAAGAUUGUCAGCAUCUCUUGUUCAUUCAUGACUGAUGAGAACGCUGACUUUAAGGCCAUGCUAGAUGCGUCAGCGAGAUCUUUUGAGGAGAAAACUAUCACUUUUAGCUUAGAGCUGUAAUCUUGCUAUUAUCAACCUUUGAACAUUCCUAAUUAGAAUUAAAAACUUUAAUGUUGAUGCUGAGUU